AUGGCCUCCUUCCUGCCUGUCAACACAUCUUCCCCCGAGGACCACGCCAUGGACGGUGCGACGACUCCUCGUGCCAAUCCGAAUGGGGUGCCGGUCACCCCGGAACGUGCUUCCAUUGCGGUCUCACGCCCGGAUGCCUCGAGCGAUGGUCUGUCGCAAGCUCCGUCGUCUGGUCACGCCAGGAAUACCUCUUCGUCUGACGACCACAUGCAUGACGAAUCCGAAGGAGAUCACGAUACCGACGAUGGCGAACCCGGCAGUGCGCCGCCAACGAAGAAGAAGAAAGGCCAACGCUUCUUCUGCACUGAUUUUCCUCCCUGCAACCUGAGUUUCACUCGCAGUGAACACCUCGCCCGACACAUCCGCAAACAUACUGGCGAGCGCCCUUUCCAAUGUCAUUGCUCGCGCCGCUUCUCCCGACUUGAUAAUUUGCGGCAGCAUGCACAAACCGUGCAUGUGAAUGAAGAGAUCCCCGGUGAUUCGUUGGCGGCUACAGGCACUCGGUUUCAGCGCCAAGUGCGUACGGAUCGUGUACGUCCACCCGGUCGUGCUCGAGCAGGUACAGGAGGCAGUGCGGGCGGACACAGCCGUGGCCACAGUAGGAAUUUGUCGAGCUCAAGCAUCACAUCUACAGCAUCGACCUAUAGCCAACCCCCGGAACUUCGGCGGCGACCCCCACCCCUCAUGAUGGCCAACGACCCAACCGCCCGUGCUCGCCUAGGACUGGAUCCGAUGGGUGAGCCUCCUAGCACGCCGCCCGGCCAGAUUCGGGGCAUUCCCGGUGCGGCUGGGACGCCAUAUACUCCGUCCAACGUCUUCUCCGCCGGUCCGGGUGUCAGUCCGCAAUAUGCCUCUCCUAUGUCCUCUGCGUCCCAUGGUUUCUGGGAGGGUAGGACUGCUGCUCGUCGCCUCUCCGUCCCCACCAGCAGCAACCCAUUCGUCCCGCAGCCCGGCAGCGCUUAUCCUCCAGCGUAUGUCAACUCGCCCGCUGGACCCCCAUAUCCGCCGAGCGGGGCAGGUGUCUUUGCGAGCCCUACUAGCAGUAAUUAUCCUGCAUCACGUGAAGAGAAUGUCAUUAGCGCAGCCGAGGCGGAGAUGCGAAGACGAACAUGGCAUCCUUCCACAUAUCCUGCAUUUGGUCGGCCAGGAACCAGUGGCCUGAGCCAGUUCCACACGCCCGACACCGUCCAGGCACCGCGACCUUUGACCCCACCUACCCGCAAGGCGAGCCCCAUGCAAAUCGAUAGUCACCAUCGGCAUCCUCCGAGCCACGGCUUUGGUCCUGGCUACAACUAUAACCAGCCGUCGGUGCGCCCAGCACCUCCAAUUACCGGACCUGGUCACCGUCGAGGUCAUUUAUCUUGGGACAUGUCUCUGCACCACAAUCUCACAGGUCUUGACAUCCGAGAUCGACGACCGUCCCGUGAUGCAUCCCACUGGAGCCAGCAGACCAUCGCAGAGCUUCAAAAUGUCUCAUCUCGACCCUCUUCCUCGUAUCAGCCAGCGUUUGGCCCCACGGCGGAGAGAAGUCCUGAGGAAAAUCGUGGUCACGCACCCAGUUUGUCGACGAGCAGUCGGCCAAACCACACAUCCCCAGAAGACUCGAGCAGCAGCGAGGGCGUUCACACUCCAUCCACGGCAUCCGUUGAGUACCACCCAGCGAUCGUGCACAGCAGCGGGUAUAUUGAAUCGAAUGAUUCCUCGCUGCCCUCCGACCAUCCUCAGCCGAUCUGUGAUCGACCAUCACCUCACACCGACGGCUACCCGAGUCACGCUGAGCGAGAGCCUCGAACUGGUGUAUUCUCCGACUCGUCUGCACGGGACUCCGGUAUGGGCCGGUUGGAGGCCCUGGUGGCCGUCGCGACGAGCGAGAAUAAAGGAGCAGCGAAGCUGUUCCUGUAA